CAUCAAAAAGAAAAACCCAGGAGAGAGAGAGAGAAAGAGCUCUCCAUGGCAAUGGCAAUGGCAAUGGCAAUGUCAGAGGACGGGCGUGUUGGGGUCAUAUGGGAUAUCCUGUCGCGUGCUCCCUCGGCAGACGUGGACUCGGCCCUCUCUCGUUGCGGCAUCAUCCCGACUACUGAUCUGGUUGACUCCAUCCUUGCCCUCUCCUACUCCUCCCCCGCCGGCGCCAUCAAGUUCUUCCGCUGGUCUGGCCUCUCCCUCAACCACACCCCCUGCUCGUGGAAUCUCAUGGUCGACAUCCUCGGCCGCAACUGCCUCUUCGAGCCCAUGUGGGAUGCCAUCCGCUCCAUGAAGCACCACUCCGCCCUCUCCCUCUCCACUUUCGUUUCCGCCUUCUCCGCCUACUGCUCCGCCUCCCGAUUCAAGGAGGCUGUCAUGUCCUUCGACGUCAUGGACCGUUACGGCGUCCCCCAAGACUCCCUCGCCGUCAACUCCCUAAUUUCCGCUCUCUUCCAAAACCCCGAUCCCCUCUCCUCGCAAACUGCGGCCGACUUCUUCGACCGCAUCAAGUCCCGCGUGCCCCCGGAUCCCGACACCUUCGAUAUCCUGCUUCAAGGCUGGGAGCGCACAAGCAACGUCUCCCGUGCUAAGAACACCUUCGGCGAGAUGGUCAUCCGCGUCGGCUGGGAGGCAGCUACCAUGUCCUCUUUCGAGGCGUUUCUUAUGACCCUCAUUCGCGGCGAACAGCCCGACGAGGCCAUCAAAUUUUUGCAGGUCAUGAAAAACAAUAACCGGCUGCCUGGCAUCAACUUCUUUGCCAGCGCCCUUAACGUCUUCAUCGACCACAACGACUCCGUUCAUGCACUUGCGCUGUGGGAGAUCAUGGUCUUUCAAGGUGGUCUUGUCCCCAACCGUGUCAUGUGCAACACCAUUAUCUCCCAGCUGUGCAAGAGUGACAUGAUCCAAGAUGCCUACAAUGUGCUCGAUGGAAUGACCCUCAAUGGUGUAUUUCCAGACUCGCUUCCCUACAACACCAUCUUCAAGUGUCUCAUCCAAAACAAGCGGGUUCAUGAUGCUGGGAGCUUUUUUAAUGAGAUGAGGAAGAACGAGCAGUUGCCAUCUCCAUCCAAUUGUGCAUCCGCCAUCAGGAUGUUCUUUAGUGAGUACGACCCCAUUAUGGCUAUGGAGGUGUGGGAUUAUAUGCUCAAGGAACAUGUAUCACCAACUGAUGACGCUGCCAAUGAGCUCCUUAUUGGUUUGAAAGACCUCGGAAGGUUGUCUGAGGUGAGAUAUCACCGGAAUUCAUGUUUGACAAGGGGAUUGAGCUACAUGCAUCCGCAAUGGACAAAUUGAAGGCAUCGUUUUAGAAGGCCAGCAAAAAGGAUGCUUAUGAACACCUAGCAAGGAGGACGAAGCACCGCCCCGCCUCUAAGAUGUUCAUGAUGAGGAAGCCGGAAUGAAAAGGAGCUCCGUUUGUUGGAUUACAAUCUAAUAAUGCGUGAG